UGGAUGUGCGGUUGCCGGUUUACCAACAAAUGACUACAUAGGACAAAUUUUAUGUCGGUGCAGGUGAGAGGUAGAAGCUGAGAAGCAAGAAGCGAGUGUCUGCUCACCAUUUAUUCUCUACUGAGCUUUCCAUUUUAUAUGCAUUUACGGUACAAGUCAUCUUCUCCCCUUUUCCCAUUCAAACCUGAAGCGACAGUUUUUGCUGGAAUUUCAUCCAUUUUUUUUCCGCUGUGAAUAACAUCUUAGGACAGAUUGUCCUUAUCUCAUUGUCCAGUGUGAGUUGGCAGAAUAUUUGCCUUUUCCAAGCACUGUAGGAAAUCCCAUGUACUGGGAAGUUUUAAAGUACUGCCCCUUUGUGUCCACGCAGUCCAUUAAUGGAGACCACUGCUAUUGUGACUGCUUUUGCUGAAAUCAAUUGUAUAAUAUGCUUUCUCCACUUCUGCCAAACCCUACUUCAAAGUGGGAUGUACUCGGUUUGUUUCUCAACCUGUGGUUAUUAAUGUUCGGGUGAUCUUUAUGUUUUCAAAUAUUGGAUCUUUAUGUGUUAGCAGGGCGCCAGGGCUUGAUUUCUUGAGACACUGUGAUGUGUAUUGACUCAUCAGCCGUAGAAAUGGAAGGUCAAGCACUUCUGAAGAGAGGGGUUCUUUUGCUGAUUUGUUGCUUAUGUGUCCCACUUACCAUUCUUGAAGGGAGUGGAAAUGAAACUGCUAGACCGAGUACUGUAAAUAUUGGAGCUUUGUUCACAAUGAACUCUGUUAUCGGGCGCUCUGCUAAGCCAGCCAUUAUAGCUGCUGUUGUUGAUGUCAAUUCUGAUCCAAACAUUCUUAGGGACACAAAGCUGAACCUCAUAUUACAAGACACAAAUUGUAGCGGUUUCAUUGGAACUAUUGAGGCUCUAAAAUUGAUGGAAAGAGAUGUGGUUGCUGCAAUUGGGCCACAAUCCUCAGGGAUAGCGCACAUAAUUUCACAUGUUGUGAAUGAGCUUAAAAUCCCGCUUUUGUCAUUUGGGGCAACGGACCCCACCCUUUCUUCCCUGCAGUACCCAUUUUUCCUACGUACGGUCACUAAUGAUUACUACCAGAUGCAUGCUGUUGCUGAUCUAGUUGAGUAUUUUGGAUGGAAGGAGGUGAUUGCUAUCUUUGUUGAUGAUGAAAAUGGUAGAAAUGGGAUUUCAGUACUUGGAGAUGCUCUCUCUAGGAAACGUGCCAAGAUAUCAUACAAAGCACCCUUUUCUCCUGGAUCCUCAAGAAAUGAGAUAUAUGAUUUGUUAAUAAACGUGAACCUUAUGGAGUCUCGAGUGUAUAUCGUUCAUGUAAAUCCUGAUUCUGGCCUAUCACUUUUAUCAAUGGCAAAAAGUUUAAGUAUGAUGUCAAAUGGCUACGUUUGGAUUGCUACGGAUUGGCUUCCUUCUGUUAUGGAUUCUUCAGAAUUAGUUGAUCCGAAAACCAUGGACGUCUUACAAGGGGUUAUUGCACUUCGUCAUCAUACCCCAAACACAGACCAAAAGAAGAGUUUUGCUUCCAGGUGGAGAAGCUUUAAAGAGAAAGAAACCUCAAGCUUUAAUUCAUAUGCACUCUAUGCUUAUGAUACAGUGUGGUUAAUUGCACAUGCUCUUGAGCAUUUUUUUAGUGAAGGCGGAAAUGUUACAUUUUCUGAUAACCCCAAAUUGGCAUCUCUUCGUGUUUUUGACCAGGGUCAAAAGAUACUUGAGAUUCUUACUAGUGUGGUUAACUUCACCGGGCUAACUGGAGAGGUUCGGUUUGAUGGAGAAAAGGAUCUGGUUAACCCUGCAUUUGACAUUCUCAACUUCGCUGGAACCGGAUCACGUUUGGUAGGUUAUUGGUCAAACCAUUCUGGAAUUUCUCUUGCUAAUCCAGAGAAUUUGUAUCCAAAGCAUCCCAAUACUUCUUCAACUAGAAACCAAAGCUUGAAUGGUGUUGUAUGGCCCGGUGAUGUCACUGAGCGUCCCCGGGGAUGGGUGUUCCCAAAUAAUGGAAAGCCUUUGAGAAUUGCAGUUCCUAACCGUGUUACUUACCCAGUUUUUGUAAGUAAAGAUAAAGGAUCGGCUGGGGUGAAAGGAUAUUGUAUCGACAUAUUUGAAGCUGCUGUACUGUUGUUACCUUACCCCGUUCCUCAUAUCUAUGAAUUGUAUGGAGAUGGCAAACGAAAUCCUUCUUUCAACAGUAUUGUGGGAGAUGUUGCUCAACAGAAAUAUGAUGCAGCUGUGGGGGAUAUUACAAUAACCAUGAACCGGACAAGGAUUGUGGACUUCACUCAGCCAUACAUUGAUUCUGGAUUGGUGGUGGUUGUGCUUGAAAAAGAGGAUAAAUCCAAUCAAUGGGCUUUUCUCCAACCAUUCACAUUGCAAAUGUGGUGUGUCACUGGGGCUUUCUUUCUCUUUGUUGGAGCUGUGGUUUGGAUUCUUGAACAUCGGAGUAAUCAGGAGUUCCGUGGCCCACCAAGUCAACAACUUGUCACUGUCUUCUGGUUUACAUUCUCAACUAUGUUCUUUGCACACAGGGAGAACACUGUGAGUGCUCUUGGACGUUUUGUCCUAAUUUUGUGGCUCUUUGUGGUUUUGAUCAUAAACUCUAGCUAUACGGCUAGUUUGACUUCCAUUCUCACAGUCCAACAGCUCUCAACGGGAAUUCAAGGAAUCGACAGUUUGAUAUCCAGCUCUGAUCCAAUAGGAAUCCAAGAUGGAUCAUUUGCUUAUAAUUAUCUCAUUCAAGAGAUGAGUGUAGCAGAAUCUCGUCUUAGGAUAUUGAGAAGGCCAGAAGACUAUAUGGAUUCUCUACGGAAAGGUCCAAAAGGAGGUGGUGUUUCUGCAAUUGUUGAUGAGCUUCCGUAUGUAGAGGUUUUCUUGUCCAGCACGAAAUGCAAUUAUAAGAUUGUGGGGCAGGAGUUCACUAAGAGUGGAUGGGGAUUUGCAUUUGAGAGGGACUCCCCACUGGCAGUUGACAUGUCAACGGCAAUCCUACAACUGUCAGAAAAUGGAGAGCUCCAAAGAAUCCAUGACAAAUGGCUGUCUAAAAAUAAAGCAGGUUGCUCAUCACAAGAGAGCCAACAAGCUGUGGAUAAUGACAGCUCGCUUUCUCUGAAGAGCUUCUGGGGGCUGUUUCUAAUGUGUGGCAUUGCCUGUUUUUUCGCACUUGCAGUUUUCGCUUGUAGGGUGUGCUUGCAGUACAGGAGGUAUACCCCUGAGGAAGUGAGUCAGCAACCCGAACCCUCUGCACGCUCCAGUUGCUUUAAAGGCCUUAUAGAUUUUGUUGAUAAAAGGGAAGCUGAAAUCAAGCAUUUGCUCAACCGAAACACCAAACAACUCGAAGAUGGGCGUUCUAGGAAUUCUUCUGCAUAGUAGUAGUAGUAAUAAUAAUAAUGAUGAUAAUAUAAACAAGAUUAGAUCUGUCUUUCCCCUAAAUCUAAGGUAAGCUCCAUAGAUUUUUUUCGUGUGUAAAUGCUUUUGUGCACUUCGCCUGUAAUUUUAGUCGACUUUUUUGAAUUUUUGUAUUCAGUUUUUCUGUCAUUAGAAACAACCAGGGAAACAACCAUCAAAGGAGUAACAUAAAUGGAUGUGUUUGAAGUAUUACAACGGAUCCGGAAAAUACUCGUACUUUUUAUAGCUUAGUUUU